GACAACCAACAACAGAAAAGCCGAGGCUGUCGGACAGCAGCUGGCUGUCAGCCUCAAGGAGGAGCUCCAGGCUCCAGGAGCUUGUGCUGAGAAGUGCCCAGGAGAGCUGCGGAGGGCCAGGGAAACGGUGUGCACGAAAGAGAUACGAGGUGGUGGCCAGGGGCCCGAGGGGAGGCACGCAGACACCCUGAUCCGGGCUUCCUUUCUCGCCUCCCCAACAGCUACGUUCCAGGUUUAUAUGGACCAAGCGGCAAUCCAGAAGACCGCCUGGCAUGAUGAGUUUUGGGAGAACCCCUGGGAGCUGGGGGGCCUGAUAGUGAUUGGCUUAUUUAUCUCCACAGUCCUGUUUCUCUUCAUGUUUGCUGUUGUGUUUGGUUUAAUCCCUCCACUGGAGAAGACAGAAUAUGAAGAGGAUUGAUGUGACUUCCUGGGGGCCAAGAAGACGAGAGGUGAGAGAAGCAACGGAUAAGAAGGUCCCCCAAUAGAUUCCCAGCCCAGCCAGCAACAUGAAGAGGACACACAUACACACACACACACACACCAAAAACAACCAAACCAAAUGAAGUAAAAAAUUCCUUUUCAAAUCUG